CUAGUCGUCUACGCAGUUUGUCUAGAAAUUAGCCAACAGGAGAGAGAGAGAGAGAGAGAGAGAGAGAGAGAGAGAGUCUCCUGUUGGUGGCUUCCAUUCAGCAAAAAUAGGGAGGCGAAAGGGAAGGCCGAAAGGUGGCGGAGGCGUAGGAGAGGGGAAGGUGGUAUUGGUUUUUCUUGGCGUAGGACCAGGUGGCGCAUGGAAGUGCCGCUACUGGACAGCCUUCGACGGUGGUUGCAGCGACGCAUGAGUCACAGGACCGACGAUCCUCACUCGCGACCGCACGACGCUCGCUCCCUUAAGGUCGUCCGCGUAUCCAAGCGAUCCAGAAUGCCAGAGAUCGACUCCCAUCAGAAAAAGAGCAUGCUAGACACAGAGUUCUUUACAGAGUAUGGCGAGGCAAACCGCUACCAAAUAUUGGAGGUUAUCGGCAAGGGAAGCUAUGGCGUUGUGGCAUCUGCAAUUGAUACCCAUACUGGGGAAAGGGUAGCUAUAAAAAAAAUAAAUGAUGUUUUCGAGCAUGUCUCUGAUGCAACCCGCAUUCUACGUGAAAUCAAGCUCCUUCGGUUGCUUCGUCAUCCUGAUAUUGUCGAAAUAAAGCAUAUUAUGCUUCCCCCAUCUCGGAGGGAGUUCAGAGACAUCUAUGUGGUGUUUGAGUUGAUGGAAUCUGAUCUGCACCAAGUGAUCAAGGCUAAUGAUGAUCUUACACCUGAACAUUUUCAAUUUUUCCUGUACCAACUUCUUCGUGCACUGAAAUAUAUUCAUACAGCCAAUGUGUUCCAUCGGGAUUUAAAACCAAAGAAUAUACUUGCCAAUGCUGACUGCAAACUAAAGAUUUGUGAUUUUGGUCUGGCUCGUGUGUCAUUUAAUGACGCCCCUUCAGCUAUUUUCUGGACUGAUUAUGUUGCGACCAGAUGGUAUCGUGCUCCUGAACUUUGUGGUUCAUUUUUCUCCAAAUAUACCCCUGCGAUUGAUAUAUGGAGCAUAGGAUGCAUAUUUGCAGAAAUGCUCUCAGGGAAACCACUAUUUCCUGGAAAGAAUGUUGUACAUCAGUUAGAUCUUAUGACUGAUCUACUUGGCACCCCAUCUGCAGAAUCGAUUGCUAGGAUUCGAAAUGAGAAAGCAAGAAGAUACUUGUGCAACAUGAGAAAAAAACCACCAAUUCCUUUCACAAAAAAGUUUCCUAGUGCUGAUCCUUUGGCUCUUCGCUUACUUGAGCGUUUGCUUGCCUUUGAUCCCAAGUACCGACCAACAGCUGAAGAGGCAUUGGCAGAUCCAUAUUUCCAAGGUUUGGCAAAUGUGGAACGUGAACCUUCAACACAACCAAUUUCUAAGCUUGAGUUUGAAUUUGAAAGAAGAAAGCUGGGAAAAGAUGAUGUUAGAGAAUUAAUUUAUCGAGAGAUCCUAGAGUAUCAUCCGCAGAUGCUUCAGGAGUAUCUUCGUGGCGGGGAGCAGACUAGUUUUAUGUAUCCAAGUGGAGUGGAUCGAUUCAAGAGGCAAUUUGCACAUCUGGAGGAGCAUUAUGGGAAGGGUGAAAGAAGCACUCCACUACUUAGGCAGCAUGCCUCAUUGCCUCGAGAGCGAGUAUGUGUUCCCAUAGAAGACGAUUCCAAAGAAGACAAUGAAAUGGAAAGGCGUACUACUGAAUCUGUUGCCACGACUCUUGAGAGCCCUCCAGGUGCAAAUCAAGGGGAAUGCGUUGGAGGGGCAGUAGCGAAUUCCUUGACAAAAUCAACCUGCAGUGCAAGAAAGAGCUUGUUGAAGAGUGCUAGCAUCAGCGCAUCAAAGUGUGUCAGUGUAAAGCCUAAGCCAGAACCAGAGGAGGAAGCCAUUGCUGAGAACAUGGAUGAAAUUGUCGACUCUCUGAAAGAGAAAAUGUCAGCAAUGUAUGCGGGCUAUGUUCAUCCCUGAAUCGUUCUGGGGUGCUGACCAUUAUUUUAAGUUUCUGACUGGCUAUUCUUAUGAUGGUAGCUGCUUCCAGUUCCUGCCUAUGCUGAGAAUCACUGUGAAACCAUGAUGGAGUUUUUGGCAGCAGGCAACCCUCAUAGCAUUUAAGCCACCAUAAUAGGAAAGAGAGAGAGAGAGAGAGGCUGCAUGGUCCCUUUUUGCUGAUUUACUAUCUGAAUAUUUGAAAAAUUUGUUACAGAACAGGUUAACAUAGAACAAUGUUUCAGCCCCUGUUAUCAGUAGUACUGGCUAGUGGCGGUCUUGAUCUUUGCCUUCUAAUUGUUUAAAAUCUCUUAUUUUGAAUUUCAAAGUGAAACAUAGACCUGUUCAAAUUGGCCAUAUGGCCUAAUUGUCUGUAUCAUUUUGUAAAAGAAUCACCUCGGGUUAAUAUUGAAAAUACUUUACAACCUGCAGUUUGCAUGCGU